AUUAUACACACACACACACACACACACACACACACACACACACAUACACACACACACAUACACACACUGUCUGUUCUAUAAAACACGGCUUCCAACACUUGAAGAACCAAAUUUCUGUAAGGACUGGCAAGGAAAGAGUUUGCGAAAAUGGAUUCUCCUAAAGAAAAUACUUCCCUCAACAUCAACUCCGAUAACGUUCCAUUUUGGACAUCCUACCGCUUCCUGUUGGCCAUUCUAGGAUUCUUGGGAUUUGUAAACAUUUACACAAUUCGUGUGAACAUGUCUGUGGCCGUGGUGUGUAUGGUGAACCACACGGCUCUCCUUGGAACUUCAGCAAACCCCUACAACACCACAUUCAACGACACAUCUACCGAACUCGAGGAUGAUAUUUGUCCUGUUAACACUGAUUCGAACAGUGCUGAGAAAAGCAAAGGCAAGGCUGAUAAUGGAACAUUUUUGUGGGACAAACAUAUUCAAGGACUUAUCUUAGGUUCCUUCUUUUGGGGUUACCUGAUGACCCAAGUAUUCGGGGGUUGGUUAUCCACCAAGUUUGGCGGUAGAAGAGUCUGGGGUUAUAAUAUCAUCAUUGCAUCUAUUGCAUCGUUAAUAACGCCAGUCGCAGCAAAUGCACAUUACAUCCUACUCAUCAUGCUGCGGAUCCUUAUCGGAAUGACCACAGGCGUCAGCUUUCCUGCUAUGCACACUGUGUGGGGUAACUGGGCCCCUCCGAUGGAACGUACCAAAUUGUUAUCAUUUACAUACGCAGGAACAUUUCUUGGAAAUGUCGUAACCUUCCCAAUAUCAGCAUUACUUUGUGAAUAUGGUUUUGGUGAUGGUUGGUCCUCAGUGUUUUAUAUUUUUGGUGUGGUGGCUUUAUUAUGGGCCCUGGUUUGGUUGUUCCUCGUUACCGACACUCCAUCUCAACACAAACGGAUCAGUAAAAUUGAGAGAGAUUAUAUUGUCACCAGUUUAAAAUCAGAUGUCUUUGAUGAACACACGAAAGUGAAAGUUCCUUGGUUGUCAAUGUUCACUUCAAUGCCAGUCUAUGCCAUUAUUGUCAGCAACAUCUCAGCUGAUUGGGGAGUCUACACCCUUCUCACAGGGAUACCAACCUAUAUGAAAGAAGUCUUAAAGUUCGACAUAGCGGCUAAUGGUCUGGCAUCAGCUUUACCCUAUAUUGGUCUUUGGAUUCUUAUCAACGUUUUUGCUGUUCUUGCUGACUUCGUGCGAAAGAAGAACUAUCUCAACACAACCUGGACAAGGAGGUCUUUUGAUGCUACAGGCAAAAUUAUUCCUGCAAUCCUUUUAAUUGGCCUUGGCUACAUGGACUGUCGGAGACCUUACCUUGCGGUUGGUCUCCUCACAUUGGCUGUCUCAUUGACUGGGCUUCAGUACAGUGGUUUUAUUGUGAACCACGUGGAUAUUGCUCCCCCAGUUGCAGGAAUAUUGUUUGGAAUAUCAAACUCCCUUGCUGCCAUCACUGGCUUCAUUUCACCAUUAGUAACAGCAGCUGUCACUCCAAAUGGAACCCAAGAGGAAUGGCAAGUUGUCUUCUACAUCUCGGCGGCCGUUUAUAUUUUUGGUGCCAUCUUCUACUUCCUCUUUGCAUCCGGAGAAAUUCAACCUUGGUCCCAAAAAUGCGUCAGUUCCACAGAACCCAAAGUGGUCGAAGUCUCUUUAAAACCAUUGAUGCCCGAUUCAUCCAAAGUUUGAUUCUAAAAAAUUGUUUUCUUUUCGAUAAAAGUAAAAUAAAACAAAAAAAAAUAUAAAUAAAUAAAAUGUUAAAAA